GAGGAAUAAAGCGGCACCAUCUCUUCUAUUCUCCACUCCAACAUUUUGAAAAUUCAAGGGGAUGGAAGCCUCUCUUAAUAUGCUACCAAGCACGCAGAUGAUCAGUCCCUGGGCCAAGUUGUGUGUACUAUGGGGGAUUUUGAGUGGUCCUGCUUGGGUGAUGCUCAACAUGCUCCCAGUCACUGUUUCUUCAAGCCCUUUGGGGAGAGAAUUUGUCACUGCUUUCAUGCAGAACGGCUUGCCACGAAUGUUCCAGGGGGAUCUCAAACUGUUCAUCACAGGCUAUGCUCCUGCCACAUCCAUCACAGUCUCCAUGAAGCGACCUGCACUGAGGGUAGUGGUCAAUGUGAAUGCUGGUGAAACGUUGUCCAUAAAAAUCCCACCAGAAGCAGAGAUGGUUGGAAGUGGUAUAUUUGACAACACCCUCAUUGUCCGGGCUGACAAGGAUAUCUCCAUCCUCUCUCUUAACUACAAAUCCCACACAGCUGACACAACAAUUGUCUAUCCUGUUACAAGUUUAGGGACCGAGUAUUAUGUCAUCACUCCAACUGUGGGUACAGAUCGCUACAGAGAAGUCGCCAUUGUAGCCUGGGAAGAACCCACAUCAGUUGAGGUCCACCUAAAAGGGCCUGUUACAUUCCAGGGGAAAGCAUACCUCCGAGGAAGCUCAGUCACCAUUGCACUUAGACCUUAUCAAGCUGUGCAGCUGCAAAGCCAAAUGGACCUCUCUGGCACUAAAAUAGUCUCCCAGAAGCCAGUGGCUGUCUACAGCGGACACACUUGUGUCUCUAGACAAGUCCAGUGUGAUCAUGUUUCUGAGCAGCUUUUGCCUGUUUCCAGCUGGGGGUCCAACUUCAUCAUUCCAUCUUUACCCUUUAAUAUGGAGUAUGACAUUGUGUAUGUUUCCACUUCCCAAAGGACUCACGUCAAUUCUCAGACUGGACAAAGCAAGAGCAGCCGGGAUUUGUCUGCCGCCCGUGCGGUGCUAUACGGCAUUCAAGGCACAACUGCCCUGUCCCUCUCAGCGAGUUCUGGCAUCCAAGUCACCUUCUUCAGUGAUGGUGGUACUCAUGGAAACCUCAGAUAUGAUCCUUUCUUCAUGGCUAUCCCGGACAUCUCUAGCUACUGUCAAGCCUACUACAUCUAUGGGCAUGAACACUUUGAAAACUAUGCACUGAUCGUUGCCAAAACCUCUGAGACUACUGGGAUCACCUUGGAUAAGAGACCACUCAGCAAGCUCCAAUGGAGCCUGGUUCCUGGCACUGAAUACUCCUGGGCUGCACACAGCUUGGGACACAGAUAUGUGGUCCACACGGUAGAACAUCCCAGCUCCCCCUUUGGGCUGCUGAGUGUUGGGAUUGGAAAUGAGAAGGCUUAUGGCUCUCCAGCAGUUUGUGCCAGUGAUCCGUGCAAAUUACUCCAAUGCCGGACAAAGGAAACAUGUGAGCUGCAGAACGGCCAAGCAAGUUGUGUGCAUGAGUACAUGGGGACCUGUCAGGGCUCCACUUCCCAAGAUUUCCAGACUUUUGAUGGUCUCAUUGUGGACUUCCAAGACUCUUGCACCUACACCAUUGUCAAGUAUUGCGGCAGUGACCCCAAGCUUGUGCCUUUCACCAUUGAAGAGAAGAACAGCAACAUGGAUAGCCCCACCUCCUCCAGGCAGCAGCAAAUCCAUGUCAAGGUGUAUGGUCAUACCAUCACCAUUGACAAGGGAGAAGGUGGCCAAAUCAUGUUGAAUGGUGUGGCGGGAAGCCUUCCUGAAGCUUUGGAGGAUGGGAAAAUCAAAGUCUUCAAGAAGAGUGGACAGCCUACCCUCAAAACAGAUUUUGGCCUCCAGGUGACAUAUGGCAGCGACAAGACUACCGUGGUGACUCUCCCCAGUAGCUACUAUGGAGCUACCUGUGGGCUUUGCGGAAACUUCAAUGAAGACCCAGAUGACGACAUGAUGUAUCUCAGUGGUAUCCAAGCCGCCUCUGCCAGGGACUGGGCCAGAAGCUGGAAGGUCCAUGAUCAAGACCCUGCCUGCUCAGAUGCCUGCAGUGAGGGACAGAAGGAGCUGUACAGCAGUGAGGAGUAUUGUGGGGUCAUCAGCAAAGCUUCAGGAGGACCUUUUGGAGCAUGCCACCUCACCGUGAGCCCAGCUGGCAACUUCAAUGACUGUGUUAAUGGAAUGUGCUUAAAUGGAGGCGACAAGAAUGGGUUGUGCCAAAUGGUGGGGGCUUAUGCCACUGCCUGCGAGGAACAGGGUGUUGCCAUAGAUGAAUGGAAAAUGAUGCUUGGUUGUGAACAAAUCCAGCCUGUCAACUUGACAUAUGAGAAAUUUGGCCCAGAUGUCAGUCCUGAAAGGAAUGUUCUGCAAUCAGCUGGGGAACGCAAUGACAGCACUGCAUCCCAAACAUGCCCUGAAAACAGCCACUACGAGGCCUGUGGAAAUGCCUGCCCAGCCAGCUGCUCGGAUCGCAACGCUCCAUCCACCUGCAAAGAGCCAUGCGUGGAAACCUGCCAGUGCAAUGACGGCUUUGUCCACAGUGACGACAAAUGCAUCCCUGCUGAGAGCUGUGGCUGCACCUACAAUGGCCACCAUUACAAACCCAAGGAGGAGUUCUGGGCUGAUGAGAACUGCCAGUCCCGCUGCAAGUGUGAUCCCAGCCUAGGCAGAGUGAGUUGUUGGAGGGCCAAUUGUAAAGCCAACGAGAAAUGUGCCAUGGUGAACGGGGUGCGGCGCUGCAAGGGAAUGACUUAUUCCACCUGCAUAGGGACUGGAGAUCCCCACUACACCACUUUUGAUGGGAGAAAGUACGACUUCCAGGGUACCUGUGUGUAUCAGAUGGCAGCGGUCUGCUCCAAGGACCCCACUCUCACCCCGUUCUUGGUCACAGUGGAGAACAACAACCGCGGCAGUAAAAAGGUGUCCUUCACCAAAGUGGUGACUCUGGAAGUCUACAACAUGACCAUCAGACUGAGCCAAGAGUAUCCGCGCAAGAUUCAGGUCAAUGGAGUCUUUGUGGACGUACCCUUCUCCUAUGAAAAUAAACUGAAGAUCUACACCAGUGGAGUCCAUGGCUUCAUCAAGACAGACUUUGAUCUGAGAGUCAGCUUUGACUGGUACAGCUAUGCCAGGGUCAUUAUACCCAGCUCUUAUGCCAAUGCCAUCUGUGGACUCUGUGGCAAUGCCAAUCAGGAUCCCAGUGAUGACUUCGCCAUGAAGGAUGGAACUCAGGCAAGUGAUGAAGUCCAACUUGCAGACAGCUGGAAGUUGAGGGAGGUUCCAGGGUGCUCAGCAGGAUGCACCACUGACUGCCCAGUGUGCAAAGAGUCAGAGAAACAAACCUACGAGAGUGACCAGUACUGUGGGAUCCUCAUCAGAAAGGAUGGACCAUUCAGGCAGUGCCAGGACUCCAUUGACCCAACACCUUUCUUUGAUGACUGUGUCUUUGACACCUGCCAGUACAAGGGGCAUCACGACACCCUGUGCAGUGCCAUCAGUGCCUAUGUGACAGCCUGCCAAGCUGAGGGCAUCCAGAUUGGACAAUGGAGAUCAGCCUCCUUCUGUGGUCCUUCCUGCCCACGUAACUCUCACUAUGAAGUCUGUGGAAAUGGCUGCCCAGCCACCUGUCGCAGCCUUGCAGCUCCAGAAACCUGUGAGGAGUCAUGUGCUGAAGGGUGCUUUUGCGACUCUGGAUUCAUCCUCAGUGGGGACCAGUGCGUCCCUCCUGCAGAGUGCGGCUGUGUGCACCAGGGCAGAUACUACAAGAAGGGAGAGGAGUUCUACCCCGGCACCUCCUGCCAGGAGAAGUGCCAGUGCAUGGACAAUGGUGCCACCGAGUGCCAGAAGUUCUCCUGUGAAGCACACGAAGAGUGCAGGGUGCAGAACGGCAUCCAAGGCUGCCAUCCCAUUGGAUACGGAACAACUAUCUCGUCCGGUGACCCCCAUUACAUUUCCUUUGAUGGACGAAGUUUUAGCUUCCAUGGCUCCUGCACUUACACCUUAGCCAAAGUCUGCAGCAACGAUCCUCGGCUAGUGAAUCUCUCUGUGUUGGUGGAGAAUGAGAAGCCUGAAGAUGGGCAUCCAGCUCUAACAAGAGCAGUUGUGGUGUCUGUCCAUGGAUACACCAUUGUCCUUGAAAGGAGAAUGAAAUGGAAGGCUAUGGUGGAUGGAGAGCUCUAUACUUUGCCAAUGAAUACAGUUGAUGGGAAACUCUGGAUCACCCAAGAGGGAAACAAUAUCAUCCUCCAGUCAGACUUUGGCCUUACAGUCCUUUAUGAUACUUCAGUGUACAUCCGUGUGUCUGUCCCCAGCACCUACCAGGGACAGAUGUGUGGUCUGGGUGGCAACUUCAAUGGUGACCAGAAUGACGAUUUCAUGCUGCCCAAUGGGGAAAUCGCCAAAAGUGUGGAUGAGUUUGGGGCAUCUUGGAAGGUCCCCAUGGAUGGUGUCAGUUGCUCUGAUGGUUGUGGUGAGCAAUGCCCCACCUGUGAUACAGCCCAGACUGCACUGUACGAGGCUGAGAGCUCCUGUGGAAUGAUCCAAUCCAUGUCAGGCCCAUUCAAAGACUGCCACUCCUUGGUCAGCCCUGCAGAAUACUUCAGACAUUGCCUAUACGACAUGUGUGCAGCCAAUGGAGCAAAGGAAACCCUCUGCCAUAGCCUUCAGGCCUACGUAGCUGCAUGCCAAUUGGCUGGAGCCAAGGUCGGAUCCUGGAGAACUGCCUUAUUCUGUUCUCUCUCCUGUCCAGCCAACAGCCACUACGAGCUGUGCACCCGAUCCUGUGAUUUCACCUGUGCUGCCUUAUCUGCUCCAUCUCAGUGCACCGGAGAAUGCUUUGAAGGCUGCCAGUGUGACACUGGCUAUGUCUUUGAUGGGGCGGAAUGCGUGUCCAUAGAUCGAUGUGGCUGCGCUUAUGAUGGGCGCUACAUCAAGGCUGGAGAAACUAUCCUCUCCAAUGACUGCUUGGAGAAAUGCACCUGUCGCCCCUCAGGCCAGCUCACCUGUGAGGAGACCACAUGUGCUGUGGGAGAGACAUGUGCACUCACAGCCAAGGUGCGCAGCUGCAUAAAACAGGAGGGCCAAUGCUCCAUUGAACCCGGGGCCUGGCUCACCUCCUUCGAUGGCGCCAAAGGAAAACUCCUCUCUAGCGGUGUCUACAAGCUAGCUGCCUACUGCGAUGAGAAGUCAACAGCCUGGUUUAAGGUGGUGGUGGAUGUCAGUGAAUGCAACGACGAUGCUGUGCCAGCAGCUACAGCCAUCUAUGUCUUCUUCAGAGAUGCGUUCAUUACCGUGACCAACUAUAAGGAGACAUGGGUGAAUGGGCUCUUGGUGCAGCUUCCACUGAAAGUCUCGGAAAGCGUAUCUAUCACGGAGACUCAAGGCAGCAUCAUCAUCGAUCAAAACUCCAGGACACAGGUUGUUUUCAGUCCCAACGGCAGAGUGUCAGUGAGAGUCACAGCUGCCCUGGCCGGGAAGAUGUGCGCCCCUUGUGGGAACUUCAAUGGCAACAUUUCAGAUGACCUGAGGCUGCCCAGUGGUCAGAUUGCAGGCAGCAUUGCGGAGGUCAUUGACGCCUGGAAGGCCAGGGAUUUCAUAGACUGUUACUGACACCUGGAAGACCAGAUUCUUCUCAGAUUGCUAUAUCUCAUAGGCUGAGACAGUCUGGAAUCAUACACUGGACCUCACAAGAUGCUGCAGAUGGUAAAACCUUCAUCCACAUGGGAGAGCGUCAAAAUGCACUGCCAUGUCAAAUAUGGAAUCUGUGUCAAAUUAAUAGAGGGUAGGUCUAUCAGCGGCAAUUAACUAUAACAUCUCUGUUCAAAGGCACUGUACCUCUGAGUACAGCUGUUGAGGACUUACCAUUGGAGAUUACUAUCACCUUCAUCAGCUUGUAAGCAGUGGCAGGCCACUGUGAAAGUCAGUGUGCUCGACUAGAUGGACUUUUCGUCUCAUCCAGCCAAGCUAUUCUGAUGUCCUUUAUGUUCAACCUGUCCAAAUGGCAUAUGAACUUCUGUAGGAAUUCAGCAUCCAUACUCUUUGGUGGCUUGUGAAUUGCAGCAUAUUCAUAAUUUUCCCCUCUAAACAUGUAUAAGCAAUUGCACUUUAACACCUCAUUGUUAAAGCCAACAGGUUUGUCUAUGAAGAAUUAAAUCCUGACAACCCUC